AUGGGGAAGCAAGGGUCCCCAAGAAGUCCACGUCCUGAGCCACAGAUUGAUGAUGACUUAUCGUCAGGGACUAAAGACUAUGAUCCUUCUAAUGUUGGGAGGAGAAUGCCAGGGGGAGAUAACCAUUUGAAUUCCAAAAUGUUGUUGCUUCAUGGUCUGAGAAAUGAUUCUGUGAAAUAUACUACUUGUAAGGGGAGUUUUGUGGGGAAAAAGCAUCUGUGGCUUCGAAAGGACGUCCGUUCAAUCAUUUUUGUGUUUGCUCUGAUGGGUUUCUUUCUCCUGCUUGAUUCUUUUUUGGUGUCCAUUUUUGAUUCUAUGGUUCUUCAGAAUAGUUCAGCUAUAAGAAAACUUCCCGUCCUUAAGGAGGAGGACAGGGAUGCCCACCUUAUGAAAGAAAAAGCACCAGUACAGAUGUAUGACCGACUUCUAAAGUUGGCAAAAGGCGCCCUUGCAGAGAAAGAGUUUAAGCCAGAGUUGUCAACUUUAUGGAAAGAACCAUAUAGGCAGGUUGCUGCAUGGAAACCUUGUGCAGACAGAAAAGUUUCAAGCCUAGGGAAAUACAAGAAAGGUAAUGGUUACAUAGUAGUCAGUGCAAAUGGUGGUCUCAAUCAACAACGAGUUGCUAUUUGCAAUGCUGUUGCUGUGGCAUCUCUUCUUAAUGCUACUCUUGUUCUUCCAAGAUUUCUUUACAGCAAUGUAUGGAAUGAUCCGAGCCAAUUUGGUGAUAUUUACCAAGAAGAACAUUUUAUGGAUGUACUGAAGGAUGAAGUAAAAGUUGUCAAGGAACUCCCAUCUCACUUGAAAUCACUAGACCUUGAAGCAAUCGGUAGCCUUAUUACUGAUGCAGAUCUUGUGAAGGAGGCAAAACCCAUUGAUUAUAUUAGAGUUGUACUACCCCUUCUCUUGCGAAAUAGAGUCGUUCACUUACUGGGAUAUGGGAAUCGACUAGGCUUUGAUCCAUUGCCUUCUGAGCUUCAGAGACUAAGAUGCAAAUGUAACUUUCAUGCUUUGAAAUUUGUGCCCGAAAUCCAGCAUGUUGGUUCGUUGUUGGUCAGAAGGAUAAGAAAAUAUGAUGCUGCACUGAGUACGUUGGACAAACAAUUGCUUGGAAACUUCAUGCACAGCAGUCCCUCAAAAGAGCAUGAUGCUGCAAGAAGUCCAUCCAAAUAUCUCGCUCUACACUUGAGGUUUGAGAUUGACAUGGUGGCCUACUCCCUAUGUGAAUUUGGAGGUGGAGAAAGUGAGAAAAAGGAGCUCCAAACCUACCGGGAAGUCCAUUUUCCUCUGCUCAUUGAGCGCUUGAAGAACUCAAAGCCUGUUUCUCCAAGAGAGUUGAGAAAGUUAGGGAGGUGUCCAUUGACACCAGAAGAAGCAGGACUAGUUCUUGCUGGAAUAGGUUUUAAGCAUGGAACUUACAUUUAUCUAGCUGGAUCUCAAAUAUACGGUGGAAAUUCCAGGAUGAAUUCCUUCACAAGCCUCUAUCCUAAUUUGGUUACGAAGGAAACUCUCCUCAUGCCAAGUGAACUUGCACCUUUCCAAAACUUCUCUUCUAAGUUAGCAGCAUUGGACUUCAUUGCCUGUGCAACUGCUGAUGUGUUUGCUAUGACUGACUCUGGGAGCCAACUAUCCUCCCUAGUGUCUGGAUUUCGAACCUACUAUGGUGGCGGCCGUGCUCCUACUUUACGGCCUAACAAGAAGAGGCUAGCAGCAAUUUUGUCUGAGAAUAGCACCAUACAGUGGAACAGCUUUGAAGACAGAGUAAAGAAGAUGAUUGAGGAAGGUCAAAGGGUGCACGUGAGGAGGUUUGGUCGGAGCAUUUAUCGACAGCCAAGAUGCCAACAGUGCAUGUGUAAAUCUCACUAA